AUGUCUCCACUUCUCAGUCCAUCUGUUUUAGCAUUUAUUAAGUUCAUUGGAUUCGAUAGAGAGAAAUUGCCAACUAUUUACAAAAAACAUCUCGAUAAAACUAUCACUCCUGGUGGAAAAGCAGAACAAGUAAGUUUUCUAAUGCUCAUGCAACUAGAUUGAUGAGACUAUGAGCUUUUUUCAACAAAUAUAACUCGAAAAGUUUAAAUUUUCCAGAUCAAUUGGCUAACGAAGAGUGAAAUAGGUUGUUGGGAAAGUGCAGCAAGUCAACAUCAAGUAUACAAUUUCACCUGCGAUGACAAAUUCGACUAAGAUCUAACUAUAUUCACAGAUCAAGAUGUGGAAAUCCUGUCCACAAAUCUCAUUACAAUCCUGCCGACAAAGAAGAUAUUAUUAGUGUGAAAAUUUUGGGCUCAAAGGGAUCAAAGACAUUUCAUAUUUAUCCAGACGGGAUGGCAACAAGCAACAAAGAUGAAAGAAAAACCGAAAAGCAACGAUGA